ACUGAGCUGUCUACAAUGAGCAUCCGUUGGCAAAUCACUUGUCUGCUACUGCUGCCUUCCUGCACCCCAGGUUUUUCCAUGGAUGAUGGCAUUGUUGGUGGUAAAGUCUCUGUUCCACACAGUCGACCCUACAUGGUCUUCAUCCGUGACAGCGUUACAAAAACAACAUGUGGUGGUUUUUUGGUAAGAGAGGAUUAUGUGAUGACAGCCGCCCACUGCAGAAGAAAUAAUCUUGUGGUGUAUUUGGGAGUCGAUGACACCAGACAUUUACCUGGCGGUGUAGCUGUAGAUCCCAUUCCACAUCCAGGAUUCAAUAUGAACAAGAAAGGUCAUGACAUCAUGCUUCUAAAGCUCAAAACCCCUGCAGUUUUAAACAAAACGGUGAAUACUAUCGCUUUGCCUGGGAAUGAACAAUUCUCAAAGGACUGCAUGGUCAUGGGUUGGGGCUGGCAAGAUUACCAUCAUGGGUCUCCUUCAGAUGUGCUCAAAGAAGCAAAUGUGACUCUGAUAGACUCUGAAAACUGUGGCCCGGCUGACACUCUGUGCAAUGAGGGAAAAACUGGACCAUCACAGGGAGACUCUGGGGGUCCACUUGUUUGUGGAGGUGUUGCACAGGGAAUUGUGUCAUUUUACAAAAACCACACAAAUGCAGAUUACCUCACGGUGUACACUCAUAUUUCUCACUUCUUUGCAUGGAUUCAUGACAACAUGAUACCACCUACUCAGCAGCGAUAUGAAACAUGGAAGGGCAAGCUGGAUAAACUCAUUUAGUUGUCUGGUUCAAUGCAAGUUCUGUCAUUUAUAUUUGGUUCAGUUUUACACCAAUCAUUAAAUGUGCAAGUUUAAAAUAAAGGCUUAUUUGUAACACUUUUACACAAGUCUAAUAGGAAUUUCAUUUUUCUGUUGCUAAAAACCACUUUCAGCUAAAUACAGCACAGUCAAACCUGAAUCUAGACAUCAGAUCGAUCGCUCUGGAAAGAAAAGUAACUUAAAAGGGUCUUAUCAGAAAGAUGCUAAUGCUAAUAAAUGAGAGAGAGACCAGACUUUGCUAAAUCCAUGCCACAAAGACUUGAGAUCAUUUGUUAAGGUUGUACCUGAUAAAGUGGCCACUAUGCGUAAAAAUGACAAGUUGCAAAAAUUGCAGAUAAUGAUAUUCUCACAACUAUCAAGACUGCCCCUAGUGUGCACUUACAUUUACAUUUAUUCAUUUAGCAG